AUGGCUACCCACAAGGCCAGAAACCCUCUGGCAUUCACGCCGUGGCCGGUAACAAUCAUCGCCACGGUCGUGUACCUCGCCUUGAUUAUCCCAUCUCUGGUGAUCCACCACAACGUCCCUUCCGCGCCCCGGACGAGCCCCAAUGGUCUCAACCUCACAGAGGCAUGGCAAGAUCUCCAAAGCCUGACAAAAGGCUUCCACCCAUACAACUCACACCAGAAUGACGAGGUCCGCUCGUGGUUGCUUGAACGCAUCGACGCGAUCAAGCAGUCCGCCCCAUCCACCGAGGAAUAUCGCGACGCGAAGGAGGAGAAGCCUGAUGUUUUUGUUUUCGACGACCUAGUGUCUAACCUGACUUUCAUCGAUAAAAGUGUCGGCGUUUACUUUGAAGGCACAAAUAUCCUCGUCUACAUUCGCGGCUCUGAAGAUAGUAAACAGAAUUGGUGGGAGACUCCCGGCCGGAUGCCCGUUGGCAAGGGAGGAGUACUUGUCAACGCGCACUACGACAGCGUUUCGACCGGGUACGGAGCGACAGACGAUGGAGUUGGUGUUGUGACGUGUCUGCAGCUGGUGAAAUAUUUCCUGACACCGGGCCAUGCGCCACGCCGCGGGUUGGUGGUUCUCUUCAACAAUGGCGAGGAGGACUAUCUGAACGGCGCACGCGCGUACAGCCAGCAUCCGAUGGCGCGCUUUGCCCACACAUUCCUGAACCUGGAGGGUGCGGGUGCCGGAGGUCGUGCUACAUUGUUCCGCAGCUCGGAUACGGAGGUCACCCAGGCGUAUGCGAAAUCACAGCACCCAUUCGGCUCGGUGUUGAGUGCCAACGGGUUCGAAAAGGGUCUCAUUAGUAGCCAGACGGAUUAUGUUGUUCUAGACGGUAUCUUGGGCCUGCGCGGUCUGGAUGUCGCUUUCUUUGAACCUAGAGCUCGUUAUCACACUGACCAGGAUGAUGCCCGACACACCAGUAUCGACUCGCUUUGGCAUAUGCUCUCUACUGCUGUUGCUACGACGGAGUAUCUUGUGUCUGACACCACUGAUCGGUUUGACGGACAUCUCCGCGACGAUGGAACCGUGCCUAGCGGCUCAGGUACCCGGGCUGUUUGGUUCGAUCUGUUUGGGAGUGCUUUUGCCGUGUUCCGUCUGCACACCCUCUUUGCGUUGUCUGUCACUCUGCUGAUUGUGGCGCCGUUGACAUUGCUUGUCACCAGUGUCAUUCUUUCAAGGGCCGACAAGAUGUAUCUCUUCCGCUCAUCGGUGUAUUCCGAGAUCAACGACGACAACAUUCCGUUGCGUGGUUUGCGUGGUUUCUUCCGGUUCCCGUUCUUGAUUUCAAUUCCUACAGCAGUGACUGUCGGAUUGGCUUACAUGGUGACGAAAGUCAACCCUUUUAUUGCCCAUAGCAGCUCAUACGCCGUAUGGAGUAUGAUGAUCUCAGCUUGGAUCUUCUUGGCUUGGUUUGUAUCUCGCGUCGCAGACUUUGCACGCCCAUCAGCCUUUCAUCGAGUCUAUACCUGGACUUGGAUGUUUGUUCUUACUUGGUCUCUCAUGGUAGUUGGCACCGUUUAUGAGCACGAGGAGGGGCUCGCUGGUGGCUACUUCAUGUUCUUUUACUUUGCCGGUACCUUCUUGGCCACAUGGAUCUCCUAUUUGGAGUUGUUCUCUCUGCCAACGAAGUCAGAGUACGCCGGUAGAUUAUCCGAAUCACGACGGCCUAGUACCCAGGGAAGCCGGCUUGCUGCAUCGGGAGAUGAGCACCAGGACGAUGAUGCCGAAGAGGACCCGACUGAGUCAACAUCUCUCUUGCGUGGCCGCCACCGCCCCACCUUUGCCAACUACGUCCGCGUUGGGGUAGACCGCGCAUCCCAUGAACUAGACGAAGAGGAAGAAGAGGAGAAAGACCCGAACGUGUAUGCACACGAGCAGGGGUGGAGUGGCGUGUUGCCGCGAUGGACAUGGCUGCUGCAGCUCCUCAUCACAGCUCCCGUAAUUCUCAUGCUGAUCGUGCCCAUGGCUCUUCUGAUUACUAGCGCUCUAAGCCAGACCGGCCAGGAUGGUAGCCCCCAGCUGAUUGUCUAUCUGUUCAUUUCCAGUCUUACUGCACUCCUCUUUGCACCUCUGUUGCCAUUUAUCCACCGUUACACAUACCACCUGCCUAUCUUCCUACUCUUUGUUUUCAUCGGAACCAUGAUCUACAACCUUGUUGCCUUCCCGUUCGCAGACUCCAACCGCCUGAAGCUGUUCUUCCAACAAGAGGUCGAUCUCGACAAUGGAAUCUCUACUGCUUCACUGACUGGCAUGCCUCCGUUUGUUAAGGAUGUUACCUACGGGCUCCCUAGCGCAGCAGGCCAAAAUGAGGCCUGUAAUUGGAUUUUACGAGGCAAAAACGAAGUCCAGCGAUGCUCCUGGAAUGCACCAGUACCACAUGUUGUCCCCAGUGCUGACUCUCUAUCCAUUUUAAACGAGGAUGUCGACUCUAUGCUUGAGGCCACUGAGCUAUCGCCGGACUGGAUUUCGUUCAGCAUUUCCCACCCUCAACCAGACAGUUCUUCUGUCCGCUUUGAAGUAUCGGGCCAAAACACACGUAACUGCCGUAUUAACAUGGACGGCAACUAUAUCACUAACUUCAGUGUGAUUGGCUCCUCCGCUCCGGACCACCGCUUCCUAAACCCGUCCCCAGAUGGUCUGAACCGUAUCCAACUGUGGAGUCGUACAUGGGACAACAAGUGGACCGUUGAUGUCGAUUUCUCAAAGCAUGACUCGUCUGAGACCGAUGAGGUCGACGAGUCCUCUAUCACGGGCCGCAUCACCUGCCUAUGGAGCGACAAUAACCGAGUCGGCCUCAUCCCCGCUCUCGACGAGGUGAGACAGUUCAUUCCGGCGUGGGUUGCUGUGACCAAGUUCUCUGAUGGGUUGAUUGAGGGAUCUCGAGCAUUCGAGAUUAAGCGUUCGAGCCUCGGGACUCUGGUAUCGUGA